AUGAUGGUUAAUAAAAAUCAAAGAAUAAUUAAUACACGUGAAAAACAACUAGAUAAUAAUAUUCUUGAACUAUUUAUUGUUUCAUUACUCAGAUUCAAUCUAGAGAAUGAUUUACUCAUGCGAGAUACCAAAAAUAUGAUUCCAACAAUACUUAAUCGAAAAUCAUGUUUUCGUGAAUUGUUUUAUAUCUGUAGUUUACAAUAUCCAUAUCUAGUGAAUGAUUCCCUUAGUACACUUUGGCAUCGAAUUACUAGUUUAAACGAUAUGAAAUUAGAAAAUAUAGAUCUUGAUAAAACCACAAGUGUGCCAUUAUUCCUUUCCGAUCCUGUUGCUUUACUUCUUCGAAUCAUGCUUAGUCUAUCGAAUCCUGUUGCAAAAGAAUCUUACCAAAUCAUAGUACAAGCUAUAUUUAAUCUAGUUUAUAUUCAGGCAUUAUUCACUAUUGUUAGUGAAAUGAAUAGAACUGAACAAGAAAGUUGGAGUCAAAUUGAAAAGAACAAAUCGAAAAAUAAUAUGACAAAAUAUCUUAGUAUUGUAUCAUCUAAAUUAUUACAAGCUAAUUAUAACUCAAAUACGGAUAACUCAAAAGUUUGGUCUCUUGAAUCAAUCAAUGCAUCGAUUUGUGAAAGAUGUGGAAAUUUCAUUAAAAUUGCUGCUCUUAUACAACAUCAUCUUUAUCAGCCGAUAACAUGGUGGACGGUAAGUUUAAACACUUGUCCCAAUUGGGGAUCGAGAAUUUGUCUACAUAUAAAUUUAAAUAAUAAGCGAGAAUCAUUUUUUUCAAAGCCGGGUUGCGUAUUUCCAUUUGAUUUAUUAUGGAAAAAUUUAAUUCAAGAAUUACAAGUAUACAAGGAUGGAGAACCCUAUUGGUUUCGGAAUGAUUCAUUAUCAUCUAUUACCAAUUGGUUAAAUGAAAUAUUUCAAAUCGAUAAUCAACAUUUGAAAUUUCUUCGUCAUAUUGCUCGUGGAAUACCUUUAUUUCAUUCACCACGUUUUAUUCAUCUGCCUACAUGUUAUGCAGAUUUACUUCAACCAUAUAUUGGUCUUCAAUGUUCUUAUUGUCGAAAAUCAAUCACCCAACCUAUUUUAUGUUUAAUUUGUGGAAUUGUUCAUUCAAAAGAAGAUACUGAAAAAAAAUGUUGUCAUCAACAUAUACAUUCUAUCAAAGAACAUUUAAUUUCAUGUAAUGAAGGUUUAAAUCUAUCAAUAAAUAUUCAUUCUACAGAAACAUUAAUUCAACGAAAACAACGUUACAAUUAUUGGUCAUCACUCUAUCUUGAUAAAUAUGGUGAAGAAGAUAUUCAUUUUAGACGAGGUCGAAUAUUAUAUUUGAAUGAAGAUCGAUUGAAAUUACUUUAUUCAGCAUGGAUUUCAUCAAAUCUUGAUCAACUCUCCAAUACAUCGUCUAUAGACAAAUUUGAUUUUUAA